UCAAAUUAUUCAUGUUAUAAAAUACUAGUUAAGGAUGUGAAAGACAGUAAUAUUUUUAUAUCAGGGCAUCAUAAACGACAACCCUAAUGGUGUCCGGUUUUUUUCUCAAACUGUUUCUUUUACUCAAAACACAUUGGUAAGGAUAAUUGCCAUGCAGCCUACCUGAUAAUUUUUUGAAAAUUGUGAUAUUUCUACACCGACAAAUGCUAUACCUGCUAUCGGUAAAUGUCUAUUAGAACUGAAUCUACUCCGCGGGUUUGCAAUUCCAUUUAUGUUUCAAAACUCUUUAAAAAACAAGACCUCUUAGUAAUUACUGCAAUCAUAAGAACUCAGAAUACUUUUUACGUCACUCUAUAUAACGAUUAUUUGCCGUUUUGAGCUUUUACACAUAAUUGUGAUUCACAAAAAGGUGAGUAAUUAUUUCUUGUGGGGCCAGCACUCUGGGUUUUUAGUCCUUGCAAUCUUAAGAGUGGGCUCUGGGCGCCGCUGUUCACCAGGCAGGGAAUGGGAAGCUGCGCGCUGCGGAUCCCCUCCCUUCCCCACCUCGACCAAACAAAGCCGAGAAAGAGAUGGAUACUCACGGAUCCUGAUGCCGGAAACUUGGAAGUACUUUCCUUCUGAUAUAUUUUGGAUGCGGACGGCCCGAGAGCUCACAAGUACAAAAGCUAAUUCGGAACAAACCGGCUCAAAAAACCACGGAAUACGGGCUCCGACCUGGCUAUGGAGAAUCGGCCACAGUGCAGGAACCGCAGCGCGCUGGUCCUGCUGUGCGUCUUCCUGGGCACGCUGCAGGAGUUUGGGGCCGGGCAGAUCCGCUACUCGGUGCCUGAAGAGCUGGAAAAAGGCUCCUUGGUGGGUAACAUCGCCCAGGACCUGGGGCUGGAGCCGCGGGAGCUGGCGGAGCGCGGAGUCCGCAUCGUCUCCCAAGGUAGGGCGCAGCUGUUCGCUCUGAGUCCGCGAGGCGGCGUCUUGGUCACGGCGGGCAGGAUAGACAGGGAGGAACUCUGCGAGACGGUGUCCUCCUGCUUUUUAAAUUUAGAGAUUCUCGUUAAAGACACUUUGAAGAUUUACGGAGUGGAGGUGGAAAUACUGGAUAUUAAUGAUAAUGCCCCCAGCUUCCAGGAAGAGGAAGUAGAGAUAAAAGUCGGCGAGCAUGCAGCCCCUGGAUCGCGGUUUCCCCUUCCCAGCGCCAGGGAUCCCGAUGUGGGGGUGAAUUCCCUCCAGAGCUACCAGCUCAGUCCCAAUGGCUACUUUACCCUGCAAGUGAGAGGCGAAACCAGUGGGGCCAAGAACCCGGAGCUGGUGCUGGAGGGAACCCUGGACCGCGAGAGAGAGGCCACCCACCUGCUACAGCUCACAGCCUUGGAUGGAGGGGACCCCGUGCGCCAGGGCGUCAUUCCUGUGCGGGUGGUGGUCCUCGACGUGAAUGACCACAUCCCCAAGUUCACACAGUCCGUGUACCGAGUGAGUGUUCCCGAAAACCUCAGCUCUGGAACACGAGUGCUGGCAGUAAACGCAACGGAUCCAGAUGAGGGGACCAAUGGGCAGGUGCUGUAUUCCUUCCGGAAUGUGAAGAGCAAAGCUUCUGAGUUAUUCCAGUUGAAUUCUCAAACUGGAGAGGUUCUGCUUCAGAGUUCUCUGGAUUUUGAAAAAUACCCAUCUUAUGAGAUGGAAGUUCAAGGCCAAGAUGGGGGAGGUCUUUUGGCCACAGCCAAUGUGGUGAUCACAGUCGUGGAUGUGAAUGAUAACGCUCCGGAAAUAACUGUCACCUCUGCUACAACCUCAGUGCUGGAAAAUUCUCCUCCUGGUACUGUGAUUGCUCUUUUGAAAGUGCAAGAUCAAGAUUCUGGAGAAAACGGUCAGGUCUCCUGUUUCAUUCCCAACAAUCUACCUUUUAAGUUAGAAAAGACUUACGGAAAUUAUUACAAGCUGGUAACAGGCAGAGAGCUGGACAGGGAACUGGUCGAGAGCUACAACAUAACGUUGACCGCCCGGGACCACGGCAGUCCACCCUUGUCCUCAGAAACUUACAUCACACUGAAUGUGGCAGACGACAACGACAACCCUCCAGUUUUCUCUACUUCCUCUUAUUCAGCUUACAUUCCAGAAAACAACCACAGAGGAGCCUCCAUUUUCUCCGUGACUGCCCUUGACUCAGACAGCAAAGAGAACUCACAGGUUACUUACUCUCUAACUGAAGACACCGUCCAAGGGGUACUUCUGUCCUCCUAUGUGUCCAUCAAUUCCAACACUGGUGUCCUGUAUGCACUGCGAUCCUUCGACUAUGAGCAGUUCCGAGACCUGCAUCUGCAAGUGGUGGCACGUGACAGUGGGAACCCACCUCUCAGCAGCAAUGCCUCCCUCACCCUCUUUGUACUGGACCAGAACGACAAUGCCCCUGAGAUCCUCUACCCCACCCUCCCCACCGAUGGAUCCACAGGCGUGGAGCUGGCACCACGCUCCGCAGAACCUGGCUAUCUGGUGACCAAGGUGGUGGCAGUGGACAGGGACUCUGGCCAGAAUGCCUGGCUGUCCUACCGGCUGCUCAAGGCCAGCGAGCCAGGGCUGUUCUCUGUGGGGCUGCACACGGGCGAGGUGCGCACAGCACGGGCCCUGCUGGACAGAGAUGCACUGAAGCAGAGCCUGGUGGUGGCUGUCCAGGACCACGGGCAGCCGCCUCUCUCGGCCACUGUCACGCUCACAGUGGCCGUGGCUGACAGCAUCCCCGCAGUGCUGGCUGACCUGGGCAGCCUGAAGCCUUCAGUGGAAGCUGAUGAGGCAGACCUGACUCUGUACCUGGUGGUGGCAGUGGCCACAGUGUCGUGUGUCUUCCUGGCCUUUGUGAUUGUGCUGCUGGCACUCAGGCUGAGGCGCUGGCACAAGUCGCGAUUGCUGCAGGCGUCAGGAGGAGGCGGGCUGUCGGGCGUGGCCGCGUCGCACUUGGUGGGCGUGGACGGGGUGCGUGCUUUCCUGCAGACCUAUUCUCAUGAGGUGUCCCUGACCGCGGACUCGCGGAGGAGCCACCUCAUCUUCCCUCAGCCCAACUAUGCAGACACGCUGCUCAGCCAGGAGAGCUGUGGGAAAAGCGAGCCUCUCUUAAUAGCCGAAGACUCAGCUACUGUUUUAGGCAAAUGUGAUCCGAUAAAUAUUGAGGUGAGUUAUUUAUCUCCUUGUUGCUGGUGUACUGGCACAAACCUUGUAGGGGGCUUUAUUUCCUGA